CCACAACCUGAAAGGAAAUGUUUAUUUUCAGACUACAGGCUCGUGCAGCAGGAGUGUGUUUGCGUUUGUAGAUUGUUUUGUUUAGACGUGUUGUGGUGAAGUGUUUCUUUAGAAGUAUUUCAUGAAUUCAUCUGUCGGAUUUACAGCGCAAGUUUUUGGAUGUUUACUUCAGUUUGAUCUAAUCACCGUUAACCCGGAGCGAUCGACACUGAAAACAGAAACGCGACUCCUGAACGUGUCUGAUCUCUGAUGGAGUUGUUUACUUCAAUAAAAAAGUUUUUGCAGAUGUGUAAAGGGACCGGAUCUGGAAUGUAAACCCGAGACCGGUGAACACAUGAUUCCUAUUUUGAUCGGUGUAUUCUUGUGUGAAGAGCGCGUCCCCGCGUCAAUGAUGAUGCUUUACCCGGAGAGACUGAAGUAAAGAAGUGUGUUUCCCGGUCAUGUGUUCAGUGAGAGCUCUCCAGGACUGGUGUCGAGAUGUUUGUGAAGUUUAUUCAGAUGUUCAGAUCACAGAUAUGAGCUCUUCAUUCACAGAUGGACUGGCUUUCUGUGCGAUCAUCCAUAAGCACAGACCCGAUAUACUAAAUUUCCACUCUCUGUCCAAACACAACGUCUACGAGAACCUGCGUCUGGCGUUUGUGGUUGCGGAGCGAGAGCUGGGAAUUCCUGCUCUGCUGGAUCCGGAUGAGCUGAUGUGUGUGGAAGAGCCGGAUCUUCUGUCCAUCAUCACUUACGUCUCACAGCUCUACUGUGUCUUCAAUGGAAAACCUCUCGAUAGUCAGACGAUUCCUGUGAAGGCUGAACCUUGCAGAACCAUAAGACAAGAACAGACUCACACUCAGUUCUCAUCAGAUGGGAUUAGAUCUUCAGAUAAAAGUGUCUGUAGUGUCUGUCACACACGUGUUCAUCUCAUUCAGAGGGUUUUUGUGAAGGGACACUUGUAUCACCGCUCCUGCUUCAGAUGCAGUCGCUGCCGUCGGUCUCUGCUACCGAUGUCUUUCACAGAAGACAGUGAGACAGGUUUACUGCAGUGCAGUUAUCAGUGCAAACCUGUUCCUGAACACGACCGGCCCACAGAGAGAGACAGAGACAGAAGUGAGACAAACAGAGAAAGAAGUGAGACGGACAGAGACAGAAGUGAGACGAACAGAGAGCGAAGUGAGACGAACAGAGACCGAAGUGAGACAGACAGAGACAGAAGUGAGAUGAACAGAGACCGAAGUGAGACAGACAGAGACAGAAGUGAGACGAACAGAGACCGAAGUGCGACAGACAGAGACAGAAGUGAGAUGAACAGAGACCGAAGUGAGACGAACAGAGACCGAAGUGAGACGAACAGAGACCGAAGUGAGAUGAACAGAGACCAAAGUGAGACGAACAGAGACAGAAGUGAGAUGAACAGAGACCGAAGUGAGACGAACAGAGACCGAAGUGAGACAGACAGAGACAGACGUGAGACGAACAGAGACCGAAGUGAGACAGAAGGAGACAGACGUGAGACGAACAGAGACCGAAGUGAGACGAACAGAGACAGAAGUGAGACAGACAGAGACAGAAGUGAGAUGAACAGAGACCGAAGUGAGACGAACAGAGACCGAAGUGAGACAGACAGAGACAGACGUGAGACGAACAGAGACCGAAGUGAGACAGAAGGAGACAGUGAGAUGGAUGGAGACGUGAUCAGUGAACAUCUCUCCACAUCAUCGGAGAUUGACAAACAAGAACCUCCCAAACCUGCUCCCAGAAAGAGGGUGGAGCCUCAGGAACCUGCUUGCCCCGCCUCCAAAUCACAGGACCGUCAACCUGACAAAGUCUCGUAUCAGCGAGUCGUCCGUAAGGAUCAUCCCUGGAGGAAGAUUGUUGAACCGGGUCCCUGGUAUCGUCUUCCUCCGACUCAGUCCGCUCACUCCCGCCACUGCCCCGCGACCUUUAACCCCUUCCUGGAGGACGAUGAGGACAAGUCAAAGGAUGAAGAGCAAAACCCUUUAGGUUUCAAAACUUCCGUUGCACACAAACCACAAGCCUCAUCUUCGGUUCCCAGCAUGCAUCAGGAUGCAGCUCCUGCCCACGGUUUCCCACUCAUCAAGAGGAAGGUGAGCACAGACACACUCGUGUCAGAGAAGGAGGUGUGUAAGGAGCAGAAGGAGCUGCAGGAGCAUCUGCUGAAGCUGGAGAAGAGAGGAGUGCAGAUGGAGAGAGAGAUGAGGAGACGAACGGAUGAGAAUCUUCUAGUCGACUGGUUCAUUCUGAUUCAUAAGAAGAACAUGUUAGUGCGCAGAGAUGCAGAGCUGGUGUAUAUGUUGAGACAGCAUCGUCUGGAGCAGCAACAGACUGAUGUAGAGUUUGAGCUCAGGUGUCUCUUCAACAAACCAGAACAAGACUGGAGCUCUGAUGACCGACAGCAGGAACAUCAGCUCAUGUCACACCUCCUGUCAAUCAUCCAGCAGAGGAAUGACAUCAUCAGCAGCCUGGAUCUAGACAGACAGAGGGAAGAGGAGGAGGACAUGAUGCUGUCUGCUGUGAUCCAGAGGACAGACCUCCUGGCACAGAAGGACCAACAGCUGGACAAAUUCAACAGGACGUUUAAAGGCCUUCAGAUGUUCAAGACGUCCAGCUGUAAAACUAAAAACAGCAGCAGAAAGAAAAGCAGCUGAAGGAGAGAAAGAGACUAGAGAUCAGGGGUCUCAAACUCAGAUCCUGGAGAUCACUGUCCUCAAACCUGAAUCAAGCACACCUGAAACAGGAUUACAAGAAAGUUUCAGGUAGUUAAAGCUUAACUCUGCAGGAUGUUGGUCCUCCAGAAGCUGAGUUUCACACGUAUGCUGUAGAUGCUAAUUCAAUAAUG